ACGCAGUUGCUUUGAUUGUUUAUCGUGUUAUUAUUAAUACAGGUGCUCUCUGCUGUCUCAGAAAGUACCAUUCCAAAAGCAUACAAAAAACAAAAAAGAGAGCGUCCGCCAUUGAUACCUUGAGUUUCUCAUUGCCUUUUCAACUUCUUUAGGAAAAAUAUUAAAUUGAUGAAUUUGGCAGCCAUGGAAGCAGUUGACAUGAAGGUGGACAUUUCCCAACAGCACUCUACCGAUCCUCUUUCGUUUGCCAGAAGCUACCAGAUUGAAGCAUUGGAGAAAGCUAUCAAGCAAAACACGAUAGCUUACUUGGAAACUGGCUCCGGCAAGACACUGAUUGCCAUCAUGCUUCUCCGCAGCUAUGCCUACCUCAUUCGCAAGCCUUCGCCCUUUUUUGCUGUCUUCUUGGUUCCCAAAGUAGUCCUGGUUAAACAACAAGCUGAUGCUGUGGAAAUGCAUACGGACUUGAAAGUGGGCAAGUAUUGGGGAGAUAUGGAGGUCGACUUUUGGGACGAUACGAAAUGGAACCAAGAAAUCGAGAAAUAUGAGGUGCUUGUGAUGACACCUCAAAUUUUACUCAAUGGAUUGAGGCAUAGCUUCUUCAAAAUAAGCAUGAUAAAGGUUCUGAUAAUGGAUGAAUGUCAUCAUACCAAAAGAAAGCACCCUUAUGCAUCCAUUAUGGCCGAAUUCUAUCAUCGUCAAUUGUCAGCUGGUGCGUCUAACCUUCCUAGGAUUUUUGGGAUGACUGCUUCCCCUAUAAGCACAAAAGGGGCAAACUCGGUUGAUGGCUAUUGGCCGAAGAUCCAUGAGCUGGAGACCAUUAUGAAUGCAAAGGUGUAUACAUGUGCUAGUGAAUCAGUGCUUGCUCGGUUUGUUCCAUUUUCGACUCCAAAAUUCAAAUUUUACCAUCAUACGGAAAUACCAAAUAACGUAUAUGCACACUUGGAAAAGGAAUUGGAUGUUUUUGAAAAUGUACUGCUUUUUCAGCAUGAGCAUUCGUUGGACAAUUUGGAUCUUGAACCUUCUGCAUCAUUGUCUACAAGGAAAAAAAUAUCCAAGAUACAUUCAACUUUAAUGUAUUGUUUAGACAAGCUCGGUGUCUGGUUGGCUUUAAAGGCUGCAGAAUACUUAUCGUGUAAUGAAAAUGAGUUUCUUUUGUGGGAGAAAUUGGAUGUGCGUGGAGAGAAAAUUGUUAGGAGCUUCAGUUCGGAUGCUUUCCAUGCAAUUCAAACAUGCAUAGCAUCUGGUCCAGAUUGGAGUAUUGCUGAUGAUGUUAAAGCCAGUGUGGAUGCUGGGUUUCUUACCACAAAAGUUUUAUGCCUUAUUGAAUCUCUUUCUGAAUACAGGGUGUUGAAGGACAUAAGGUGUAUAAUUUUUGUAGAGCGGGUUAUGACAGCCAUUGUACUUCAGUCACUAUUCAGUGAAUUGCUUCCAAAGAACAGUAUUUGGAAGUCCAAAUAUGUUGCAGGAAAUAGCUCUAAAAUGCUGAACCAGACUAGGAAUAAACAGAAUGAAAUUGUAGAAGAAUUUCGCAGAGGGAUGGUUAACAUUAUUGUUGCUACUUCUAUUCUUGAAGAAGGAUUGGAUGUCCAAUCAUGCAACUUAAUCAUCAGAUUUGAUCCUUCAUCAAACAUUUGUAGUUUCAUACAGUCUCGAGGACGUGCUAGAAUGGAAAAUUCAGACUAUCUGUUAAUGGUGAAGAGUGGGGAUUUUAAAACACAAUCUCGACUGAAGGAGUAUCUUACUAGUGGAGAUGUAAUGAGAAAGGAAUCGUUAUGCCAUGCAUCCGAUCCUUGUUCUCCUCUUAGUAAUGAUUUAUACAAUGAAGAGUUCUACCAGGUUGCAAGUACAGAGGCAUGUAUGACUCUUAGUUCUAGUGUUGGUUUGGUAUACUUCUAUUGCUCACGUCUCCCUGCAGAUGGGUAUUUUAAACCUAGUCCAAGGUGUAUCAAAGACAAGCAAUUGGGGAUUUGCACCAUCCAUCUACCCAAGAGUUCCCCUAUUCAAUCUGUUUCUGUCCAGGGAAACAUUAAAAACCUAAAGCAAAAGGCAUGCUUUGAAGCAUGCAAGCAGCUCCAUCAAGUUGGUGCUUUAACGGAUAAUCUUGUGCCUGAUAUUGUAGUGGAGGAAAAUGAUGGAGAAGAAACUGGAAAAGAACCCUAUCACGACGUUCAACCGAUUUUCAUUCCACCUGAACUGGUUACUCGGGGUUUACAGGAGUCCCUGACAAAGUAUUACUGCCACUUAAUAGAGUUGAAGCAGAACUAUGACUAUGAGUUUCCAGUUCAUAACAUCAUGCUUCUUUUGAGAAGUCAGCUUGAAAUGGAUAAAAAAAGUGUGGGUAUCAAAUUGGAAGUUGAUAGGGGUACUUUAGCAGUUGAUUUGAAAUAUGUUGGACCAAUAAGUCUUGAUUCUGACCAGGUUAACUUGUGUAGAAGGUUUCAGAUUUCCAUUUUUCGAGUUCUUAUGGAUCGUAAAGUAGAAAAGUUGACAGAGAUGUUAUGUGACCUUACGUCAGGAAGUUCUGACAUUGAUUACCUUCUUCUGCCAUCCAAUUACGUUGGCCGAAAUCCUGCAAUUGAUUGGUUAUCAGUUUCUUCUGUCUUAUUUUCUUAUGAAAAGGUAUGGAAUUAUCACAAGAAUUGUAAUGCUGGUAUGAUACAGACCAAAAGUGGUCCACUCUGUACUUGCAUGAUUCAGAAUUCGUUGGUCUCUACCCCGCACAAUGGCCAUGCCUAUAUUAUCACUGGUUUUCUAAAUGAUUUAAAUGCGAAUUCACUUUUGAGUCUGAGUGAUGGAAGCAAAAUGACCUAUAAGCAGUAUUAUGAACAACGCCAUGGUGUCAAUUUGCAUUUUACUCGAGUCUCUUUCCUUUCUGGGCGACACAUUUUCCCUUUACAAAAUCACCUUACAAGGUGCAGAAGACAGAAAAAGAAAGAAUCAAGUAAUGCAUUCGUUGAAUUGCCUCCUGAACUUUGUGACGUCAUUAUGUCUCGCAUAUCGAUUAGCACGUUUUAUACUUUCACAUUUCUUCCAUCCAUAAUGCAUAGGAUAGAGUCUUUGCUCCUUGCUACCAGCUUAAAAAAGAUGCAUCUCGAUCACCCCGUGCAAAAUGUUGCUAUUCCAACCAUGAAGAUUUUGGAGGCAAUUACCACGAAGAAGUGCCUAGAAUGUUUUCAUUUGGAAUCAUUGGAGACUCUUGGUGACUCUUUUCUGAAGUACAUCGUUUGCCAGGAGCUAUUCAAAAGAUAUCGGAAUCAUCAUGAGGGCCUUCUUAGUAUCAAGAAGGAGAAAAUCAUUUCAAAUAAAUCUCUUUGCAUGCUAGGAUGUGACAAGAAGCUUCCGGGAUUUAUCCGUGAUGAACCUUUCGAUCCCAAAAAAUGGAUGAUUCCUGGUUGUCGUUCAGGAAUCUAUACUUUCAAUGAGGAGACACUGUCUAAUGAAAAAAUAUAUGUUCGCGGGAGAAGAAAGAUGAAAAGUAAAAGGGUUGCCGAUGCUGUUGAGGCACUUAUCGGUGCAUACCUUAGCACUGGUGGCGAAGCUGCUGCCUUAUUAUUUAUGGAUUGGCUUGGUAUUACUAUCGAUUUUACAAAUAAACCGUAUGAAAGGCAGUUUCAAGUACAAGCUGAGAAACAUGUUAACGUCCAGUAUAUGGAGACGCUCCUUAAUUAUUCGUUCAAAGACUCUUCUUUGUUAGUGGAAGCACUAACCCAUGGUUCUUAUAUGCUUCCUACAAUUCCAGGAUGUUAUCAGCGGCUGGAAUUUCUUGGGGAUUCCGUUUUAGAUUACCUUAUUACGCUGCAUUUUUAUGAUAAAUAUCCUGGGAUCACGCCAGGAUUGUUAACCGAUUUGAGGUCGGCAUCCGUUAACAACAAUUGCUAUGCAUUAUCAGCUGUCAAGUCCGAGUUGCAUAAGCACAUUCUCCACGGUUCACAGAAGCUACACAAGGACAUAAAAGAAACUGUCCAAAGUUUCCGGGAUUCGUCGUUGGAGUAUACUUUUGGUUGGGAAUCCGAAAAAUCUUUCCCCAAGGUAUUUGGGGAUGUGAUGGAAUCACUUGCCGGGGCCAUAUUUGUCGAUUCAGGAUACAACAAGGAAGCCGUGUUCCGGAGUAUAAGGCCGCUGUUGGAGCCCAUGAUUACUCCCGAAACAAUGACGGUUCACCCUGUGAAAGAGUUGCAUGACCUCUGUCAAAAGGAACAAUAUGAGCUGAGAAAACCCGUUGUUUCGAGCGACAACGGCGUUUCUUCUAUUACUGUCGAGGUCGAAGCGAAUGGCAGGGUGUUCAAGCACACAUCGACGGCAUCAGAUAAGAAGAUGGCAAAGAAACUGGCUUCAAAAGAAGUUUUGAAGUCGCUCAAGGAGGCCAAUUUUAGAUAAAGCCUGCUUUAGACUUUGUGCGCUCUUCUUGAAAAAUUCUCCAAAGCUUGUUAUUUA